UAACGAUUCAGCGAUUUCUUAGGAUGGAAAACGGAGUGUGAUUGAAAAAGCUUCGCUGACAGCAAAGGCCAAACAAUGUGAACCUCAACGUAAAAUGGUCAAAAUUUUAUACUCCAACAUACAUGGUGCUGGCGAUACUUAAAUGGUCUUCUUAGUUGGUGUUUUUAUUCACGUGUCUGUUGACAUAUCAACUUUCUAUUUCACUAUUUUUCAUUCACUUUGACUUCUUUGCAUUGUUUUAUUGUGAUGUGUUGGUACACACACAAAAGUACCAUUACUUACUCGUCCAUUUUAUUGGUGGUGCAACCUCGUAGAACUUAUUAAUUGAAACACGUUUUGAAAGAAGUAAUGUAUACAUAAUGAUAUUGUGCAGCCGAAACAAACGUUCAGCGCUCGCACAGAGUGAACGUCAUGUUAACGGAAAGGGGAAAUUGUAGACCAUAUGCUAUUGUCAUGCGCAGUGUUAAUUACGAGUCGUUAGCGUUUCCAUCCCACAACCAAGUCAUACAACGUAUGUAUUUUUAUAGCAUUGUACCUCUGACAACAUUAUCACAGUUUGGACAAAGCAGCAUUUAUGUCAAUAUAUGAAUAAAUACUUUUUGAAAGUCCUGUUCUGAUCUGAGCGGGACUGUUAUUAUUUCAAUUGUAAAACAUGUGCGAAAACACACCAAGCAUGAACAGUUAACAUCAAACCACAGUAUAAGUAAUGAUUUCAACAAGUGUAAUUCUUUACAUUAAUUCGUGUGAUAACUUCGCAGACACAGACACUAUCUUUAUUCAUCAUUGUUUUGUCUUUUCCCAUUGUUCUGGUGUGAGUGUCUUCAUUGUGAAAGCGUGAAUUGCCUUUAAUUCUUCUUCCAAACAUGAAUUAACUAAACGAUGACGCUGUAAUAAAGCUUUGCCAUUGAAUUUCUCUGAGACAAUCAUGACGUUGAAACUCGUGUCACAUCUCUCUGCUGUAAUGUCUUCGACUGUCUUUGAAUGGACAAAAACAAGUUUUUUUUAUCAUCAACAAGUAAUAAAUUAUGGUGUAGUAAGGCUGAGUAAGAAAUUAAAGCUAGACGUGAUAAGAUGGAAUCGACAAAUUUCAUAGCUUAGCACAGAGAAUGAAAGCCAUAUUCAAUUUAGUAAAACUUCUUACCAAAUACACGGGACUAAAUUCUUUCGUUAACUUAUUUUCAACAAUCGAUUUCAUGUCCGCCAUUUUGAAAGGUCGAAGGUUUUGUCAGCGGAAAUGUGAUUACUUCAUGAAAAGGGAUCUUUAAAAUUACUUCUAUAGUGGCCUUCCAUACUUCUACAUAGGUAUCCAUUAGCCAUGGGUAAAAGACAACAUCAAAAGGACAAAUUGUACAUUACAAACAAAGAAUGGAGAACAGAAUGGGGAGGCAAAGAUUCAAGCAGUGAUGUUGGAGAAAAAGCUGCAUUUAGGCGAUUACCAUUUUAUUGCUGCAGCUUAUCAUUACAACCAUUUACUAAUCCUUAUUGCACAAAAGAUGGAGCAGUGUUUGAUCUUUUGAAUAUUGUACCUUUCAUCAAAAAGUUUGGCAAAAAUCCUGUCAAUGGAGAGAUUCUGGAAAUUAAAAAUUUGAUCAAAUUGAAUUUCCACAAAAAUUCAGAAGAUAAAUAUCAUUGUCCUGUCACAUAUAAAGUGUUCACACAAAACAGUCAUAUUGUUGCUAUCAAAAAAACUGGAAAUGUUUUCUCAUUUGAGGCUGUUGAGCAGUUGAACAUUAAAACAAGAAAUUUCAAAGAUUUGUUAACGGACGAGCCUUUCUUACGUAAAGAUAUUUUAACGAUCCAGGAUCCAACCAACUUGGAGAAGUUUAACCUUGCAUCCUUUCAUCAUCUAAAAAAUAAUCUUUCUGUUGGUGAUGAAGCUGAAAAUAAAGCAAAACAAGAUCCAUUAUAUUACAUAAGGAAAACAAAUUCUGAAACGGAGAGCAUAUUGAAUGAACUUCAAGAAACUUAUAAAGAACCAGAAAAGACAUCUGACACAGUCACGUCUAAAGCUAAUUCAAGAAAUGCUGCUCAUUACUCGACAGGCAUGAUGGGAGCUUCGCUGACGUCAACUGCUCGAGUUCCAGUUACGAAACAAGAAGCGGCUAUUAUUGAUGAAAAUGUUCUACGUUACAAAGAAGUACAAAAGAAAGGAUAUGUUCGCUUGACUACUAAUGUUGGUGAUUUGAAUUUGGAACUUCAUUGUGAAGCGGUUCCAAAAACGUGCGAAAAUUUUUUAAAGCUCUGCGCGUCAGGAUAUUAUGAUAACACAACCUUUCAUCGCUCCAUCCGGAAUUUUAUGAUUCAGGGAGGUGAUCCAACGGCAACUGGACGAGGUGGUGAAUCUGCCUGGGGAAAACCGUUUGAAGAUGAAUUUAAACCGAAUUUAACUCAUACAGGUCGAGGAAUUUUAAGUAUGGCGAAUUCUGGUGAAAAUACAAACAAAUCACAAUUUUUCAUCACCUACCGCUCUUGUCGACACCUUGAUUAUAAGCAUUCAGUGUUUGGGCGAGUCGUUGGUGGAAUGGACACUUUAAAUAAGAUGGAAAAAAUUGAAUGUGAUGAUAAAGAUAGACCUAAAGAACUUAUCAAGAUUAUGAAUGUCAGUGUGUUUGUUAAUCCCUUUGAAGAAGUUGAUGAAAAGAUUAAAGCAACGAAAGAAAAGGAAAAAGAAAUAAAAAAACAAGCAGAAGAGGAAGAAAAGAAGAAAAACACGAAAUCUGCACUCGUUACUCAAAUGAAGAUUCAUAGAUCGGGAGUUGGAAAAUACAUCCCUAAAGUUUCCAGUAAUGACGAUGAGAGCGUGUUACAACCUGCUAAAAAGAAAGCGAAAGGAUCUUCAGGGUUUGGUGAUUUUAGUUCCUGGUAAAAAACUUGUCACCUAUUUAUUACAUCACCGUCUAAUUUAUGCAGGAUGGUUGGGAAAAGCUUUAAAUACUGACUCAAGAAGAGGAAUUUUUGCAUCGUCAUUCUUGCCAUGAGCACGUUCUCCAGGUUGAAAAGGUACAUCAAGAAUGGGCAACAAACUUGGUAGAUCCUGCAUAAAAAAUACCACUCACUUGAUUAAAUACAUUCCAAUAAGGCAUUGAUACAUUUGAAAAUACCUCGUAGUUUGUAUUAGAAAUUUUAACUUCAACACCACAUAUUCGACCUAGGUCAUUGUCAUGAGUUACCACGACCUUAUGAAAUAGAUAAAAAAGGUUAAAUCACAUAUGCCAAAAUGGUAUUGAUAUCAUAUCAUACCUGACCAUCAGCUGUGAGAUGUACAUCUAAUUCAAGCAUUUCCGUACCUGACUCAAUAGCACUGAAAUUUUCAAAUAUAAUUUGGUAAAUAAUCA